CUGCAGCGAGCAAAUCAUUCUUUGCAUCAUGGAUGCUGCCAGAGAGCUUAUAAAGCACUUCCCUUAUGGUUCACUACAAGAUGCGGAGAAGUUUUUCCGCAGUCUUGAAACUCCCAGAGUGAGUGAUUGCAUAGUGUACGCCACGAAGCUUCUAAAAGAGUACCCCUAUGCCACACUAAAAGAUGUCGAGAAGUUUAUCAUCACUAGUGACAAUCUCAGAGUGAUUGAUAAGGUUAUUCAAUCCGUAAGUAUCACAAGAGAAACGGAAGAACUUAAAGGCAGAGAACAUGUUGAAGCUGGGCCUUUACUUCAUGUGCAUUCGGUACAUGUACAACCAAAAGAAGCCCUACAAAACAGACCACUAGUGGUAUUUGGUACGAUUUGGGUUAAGUAUCAAAAUAUCAGGAGUGGAGAAGUGAUGCAGCUUGAUGUUUACACUCGGAGUGCCGAUGAUGGUGACUGCAUUGGCCCAAGUGGUGGUGAUUUAACUCUUGGUUGGCCUGAUACUUUCCGUAAUCAUCAAGAUUUGUGGAUGGGAUUGCACGGAACAACUGUAGGAGUGGAUCUGUAUCUCAAAAUUGAGGAUAAGGUUGUUCCGUUUGCGCAAGAGGAAAUUUUGGUGGAGGAUUCAACUGAAUGUGAUUUUGAAGAAGUAAGAUCAAAAGAAUUUCAAUGCACGCUUUGCUCCGCUACCUUGGUUUAUAUUGCUAUGCCAUUUGCUGCUCUUUGCCAAGUGCAUGUUGGAUUCUCUGGCAAAGACAAGAGCCAACUUGUUAAUGUUGCUGGUAAAAUUGUUGCGCGAUAUAAGAGCACUUAUGGAAACUAUGAUUCAGAAGCGUGUGUCCUCUUUGAGAAGCAGAAUGACUUUGAACCAGUGCGAAUGAAGAAUAACCUGAGUCUGUCAAGAACAUGGCUGGGAUUGCCAGCAUAUUCGUCACUUGAAAUUGAUCUGGACUUGAGGGACUUCAACACAAACAGAAAGCUUGUCAGAAAAAGAGUUCGAUUGUUUCACGAGAAUGGUGCAUAUGCCGGUGAAUAUGCAGAGGCGGUGGAUGAUCUUGCCAUUAUUAUUGAUGCACGAUUGUUUCUGUACCCACAUGAUAGGCACAAUGGGUGCAAUGAUUCAGACAAAGACGAGCGUUAGUCAAUUGAGAGUCUUACAACCAGAUUUUUUUGAUAAUCUUUAGUAGUGGGCUCUCAGUUUGUGAUGGAUCAAUCAUGAAAACCAAGUUAGCAAGGUUACUACUCCGUAAUUUAUUUGUAGCAUUCA